AGUGCUCCUUCCACGGUGAAUCUUUUUUAAGGGAAUGAGCGGGUGGAUGCUUAUGAAACAGAUUGUCGUUAUGUUCCUUAUCAAAGUUCCAUUUGCAGCUAAAGCGUUAAACGAUGCUAAAACAGACAAGGUAAAUCAGCGUCCUACUUUCGUCGGAAUGAUCAGCGAUCAUAUAUUCAAUGCCGUUAAUCCUUCCCGAGUUCAUUUAUUCGCCUUUUACAUCAACGUGAAUUUAGUGAAGAGAAGACCGGAUGUGCUUCCCGUAAACACAAUCGUCGUCAUGGACAUUGAUGGCUACAGAAUGCCAUUCCCCGGCGCUAUAUCAACAUGGCGCUACUACUGCAACUCUUCCGGUUCUCUCGAUUUGAGCGUGUUCAGAAAAAGCGGAAGUAAAUACAAUCUGGUAGGCCACAACACAGUAACGUGUUCCGCAGACGCAAAUCAGACUGCAGAAAUACCAUUCGAGCGUCAAAUCCUAGUCAAAAAGAACGACGUGGUCGGCGCGUUCAGCACAGACGCCAACACGUUGAGUGUAACCAGGUGCACCAGUGGACAGGGCGAGGUCAUGAUACUGCCUGUAGCCAAGGACGUAGCUGGUGUUGACAGUCUGGCCACGGCUAACUUCUCGUCGACCGCAUGUUACGUUAUGUCUCUUGGUUUUACAUUACUCUCUGAUGGAGAGGCUUGGUAGUUACGAGUCGUGUACGGUCAAAGUCCUUCAUGAUACCGUUAGAAAGAACGGAUAAAUUAGAAAUAAAAAUUGUUUAAAUUUAAUUUUGUGGUUGAUAAAGUGUUUCAAAUUAUCAAGUAAAAUAUUUUUUUUGUGUCAUUUUAAUUU